UCCUUAAUGCUAGCUUGCUAGCUACCAGUGAUUAGGUUCAGCCAUCGACGUCCUAUCGUUUGCUAUCUUGCGAGUUUGUUUUGAUAAGUUUCCCUAGAAAACAUAUCGAUUCAGUCUAGUGAAGAUUCAGAAUGGCAUCGUUGGGGGAACCUGUACGGCUGGAAAGAGACAUUUCCCGUGCCAUUGAGCUUCUUGACAAGCUCCAGAGGACAGGGGAGGUGCCUCCCCAGAAGUUGCAGGCGCUGCAGAGAGUGCUGCAAAGUGAGUUCUGCAACGCUGUCAGAGAGGUGUAUGAACAUGUAUAUGAGACGGUGGACAUUAACAGCAGUCCUGAGGUUCGGGCCAACGCCACAGCCAAGGCCACUGUUGCUGCAUUUGCAGCCAGUGAGGGCCAUUCACACCCUCGUGUGGUGGAGCUGCCCAAAACAGAGGAGGGCCUGGGCUUCAACAUCAUGGGAGGAAAGGAGCAGAACUCACCCAUCUACAUCUCACGCAUCAUUCCUGGGGGCAUUGCAGACCGCCAUGGAGGCCUGAAAAGAGGAGACCAGCUCCUUUCUGUUAAUGGAGUGAGUGUGGAGGGGGAGCACCAUGAGAAAGCUGUGGAGCUCCUCAAGGCAGCCCAGGGCACAGUUAAGCUGGUGGUGAGGUACACCCCCAAAGUCCUUGAGGAAAUGGAAUCCCGUUUUGAGAAAAUGAGGUCUGCAAAACGCCGGCAACAGAACAGCUACCCCCAGUAGUGUUGACUCGCCAUCGACACCUAAUUCCCAUACUCUCAUUGGCCGUCUAUCUCACUCCCUUGUUCACCUUUUUUUCUAAAACACAGUGUACAGAUUAAAUUUUAGUUUGUAGCCACGUGUAUUAUAUUUCUCUACCAUCUCUCUACAUUUUCAAUACCCCUCCCAGACACCACACCAUCCUCCCAACUGGCACAAGGCGAAGAAUACUAGACUCAUCAUGUUAUGGACCCUAAAUAUAGUUUGUCAUUCACACUUUAAAUGUGCUUUAAGUUUUGGACUGACAUUUUGGAUGCAGUUUGAAGAUCUUUAAAAACAACUGUAGAAUCUUUUUUAUUUUAUUUUUAAACUAAGUGCCUCAGGGCAAAACAAAUGUAUCUACUAAUGACUUUGUACUGUAAUUUAAAUGGCACUUGUUUUUCACAAAACAAAGGUAAAAUGAUUGAACACUAGCUGACAGAUUUAACAUGUAUUCACACUUUAUUAUUACCUGAUCAAAACACGGGAAUCACAAUAAACUGUAAAUCAUUUUAUAGGAGCAGCUAUGUAGGGUAAAUUGCAUUCACACUUAAGUGAGGGUCAAGAUUGUGUCAUGUUUCAGCUGUGGAACUAAUUAGUGUACUAAACCACUCAUUGAAAUAAGUGUGAAUGUGAAGUAAAUCUGUCUUCUAUGCACAUAUUUGUUGAUUGUAUCUUCUAACUAGAAUUUGGGCAUGAUUUUACACAUUGGUGUUCCAUGUGUUCGUUCUCUUGUUAUUUUAGUUGUAAAAGGAAUAGUGUCAGUUUAACCAUAUUCCAUUAUAUACAUUAUGUACACUAAUUUGGUCAUGAACCGCCCACACUUUUGACUGUGUAAACUGGUUAAUAUAUUGUAUAUAAAAGGGGUGUGUUGAAUUAAUCCACCAGACCAAAGGACGACAAGCUGUCCAAUGUAAGAGACCAGGGUCUGUUGAAAUAGUGUUUUUAGACUGAAGAAAUAUUCCUUUAGCUAAUGAAGAACCCUCUUAAUUUAUUUUUAACUUCUGUUUUUUCCCCCUAUGUCUUACAAGCUUAAAAAAGACUGCGGUCUCAUAAAAUAUUCAACGUCCAACUUUUGCCACCCAUAAAUCAUUUACUGCCUUCAAAUGCGUAGGUGUUCAGAGGCUGACAGAAAUCUUGCAUGAACACGGUAUGCUCAUAUACAAUUCAGAUAACCUUUUCCCCUUAUGCCAGUUGUAUAGCAUUCCGAGACCUAAGGCAAUCCUGGAAUUUUUAUAUUUCACAAGAGCAAUAAGUAAAACCUUUUGAGACUAUGGGUAUUUCAUUAAGAGCCCCAUCUAGAGCUGGGAUUUAUAACCACAGGCAGCUCUUUGGUUUGUCCUUAUUUUGUUUGUCUUUUCACUGUUUGCAUUCUGAUGUACAAUUGUUUACAACUGGGUUUCAGAUCAGUUAAUGUGUGUGAUAUAGACAUUAAUAUAAUGUAUUAGUUGGCAAUGAUGAUUAAAAAACAACACAUUGUAUAGCUGCCAAAUGAACUGGUACUCAAUAGUCAAUUGUUUAGCAUGCAAUGUUAAUAUUAAGUGGUUUUUAAAAGCCAUAUGUCUGGAUUAUGCUCAGGAUUAAAACAUGAUAUGGUAGUGGAUAAGACCCAUAAGGUAUAUGUGCCAUUCUGUUCAUAUAGAAGGUUAUUGUUUUUCGAUUAUGUUUAUAUUGUAUUUGUCUGGUUGGCCAUCAUUAAUGUUGUAUCAUCAAAUCCAAAUUGUGAUGGUGUAUUUAAAAAGUUAGAAUUGGUUUCAAGAAAAACUCUUAUCCAGAAUAGAAAAGCAGUCCUAAAUUAAAUGUCAAACUGAUUACUUGUCAGGCAGGUCAGGAUAUUUUAUAUCAGUCUUCGUGAGUACACAAAUAAAAAAGACUUUACGGGCUGUCACGGUACAGCCCGCAAUUCUUUCAUAUUUUUGGAAAAGGGUCAAAAGAAUAUUUUUGAUAGUUGAUAUUUCUUUUGAUAUUUUCACCUUUUUUACACGUGAUUUUGAUGAACAUUUUCCAGAAAUUAUUUGUACUCCUUCUUUGACUGCGUUCUGUCCUUGUUUCGAGUAGCAAGACCAAAUUCGCAACGUUUAUGAAAACUAUUUGAUAACAUUGUGUUUAACUGUUUAAUUUGGAUUGCGAUUUGCAUACACUUGUGUCCUUAGUAAUUGUAUCCAGUUGUGUUAAUGUGUUAAUCAAUGUGGAUGUAUAUAAUAAUAUAGAUCAUAAUUAGAUUGUAAGCUGCACACAAUAAAUUAUGAUGGAAAAAGCA